GCCAAGUGCUUACCCUGAGCCCUGUACCCAUUGGAAGACUUCUCCAGGCUUCAGCAGUGGAAGCCUAUCUGCACAAGGCAAAAUAUCAAGAAAGCAUGGCUCACCUGGGUGAAUGUAAAUGGACUCACAUGUUCCCUUUUCUGGUGGUCUCCCUGGUGUACUCUGUCAGUGCUGAAUACUCCAACUGCGGCGAGAAUGAAUACUACAACCAGACCACAGGCAUGUGCCAUGACUGCCCCAAGUGCGAGCCAGGCGAAGAGCCUUACAUGACAUGUGGAUAUGGCACCAAAGAUGAGGACUAUGGCUGCGUUCCUUGCCCUUCAGAGAAGUUUUCCAGAGGAGGUUACCAGAUAUGCAGGCGGCACAAAGACUGUGAGGGUUUUUUUCGAGCCACAGUCAUGACACCUGGAGAUCAGGAGAAUGAUGCAGAGUGUGGCCCUUGUCUCCCAGGUUACUACAUGCUGGAAAACAGACCUCGCAACAUAUACGGGAUGGUUUGCUACUCGUGCUUGCUGGCGCCUCCUAACACCAAAGAAUGUGCGGGGGCUACCUCUGGCAUCUCAUCCAUUUUCCCAAGUACCUCCGGCACGAGCACUUUCUCUCCUUACCAGCAUGCUCACAAAGCAGAUCUUUCAGGACAAGGACAUCUGGCUACAGCUCUUAUAAUUGCAAUGUCAACCAUCUUCAUAAUGGCUAUCGCCAUUGUCCUUAUCAUCAUGUUUUACAUUGUGAAAACAAAACCUUCUGCUCAAGCCUGCUGCAAGAGCCACUCAGUAAAAAAUGUUGAAGCUCAGGCCAACACACAAGAAGAGAAGAAAGAAGUGCAAGAUAAUGUUGUGAUAUUCUCUGAGAAAGAAGAGUUUGAAAAACUUACAGCAACUCCAGCUAAGGCUGUUAAAAGUGAAAAUGAUGCAUCUUCUGAGAAUGAGCGACUGCUAAGCCGUAGUAUGGAUAGCGAUGAAGAAGCUGCAGUUGACAAGCAAGGGACUCCAGAGAGAUGCUUGUUAUCUUUAGUGCAUUUGGCCAGAGAUAAAUCUUCUACAAGCAAUAAAUCAACUGGGAUUCAGAGCCGAAGGAAAAAGAUACUCGAUGUGUAUGCUAACGUGUGCGACGUUGCAGAAGGUCUGAGCCCUACGGAGCUGCCAUUUGACUGCCUGGAGAAGACCAGCCGAAUGCUCAGCUCGACCUACAACACAGAAAAAGCCAUCGUGAAAACGUGGCGCCACCUUGCUGAGAGCUUUGGACUGAAGAGGGAUGAGAUAGGUGGUAUGACAGAUGGCAUGCAACUGUUUGAUCGCAUCAGCACAGCAGGUUACAGCAUCCCAGAACUGCUAACCAAACUGGUGCAAAUCGAGCGGUUGGAUGCUGUUGAAUCCUUGUGUGCAGAUAUUCUGGAGUGGGCACAAGCUAUGCCUGCUCCUGAACCAGCAGGGACAUCCUGA